UAUCACUGCCAAGAUAGUUAUAGGAAUGAUACAUGCUGGCCUAGGAUAUGCACAAAUAAGAAACUUUCUGACAGAGUGUAACUUGCCAGUGAUGAGUAAAUCUUGCUUCCAAAAACAUGAGAAGAAAAUUGGAAAAAUCUUUGUGUCUGCUGCUGAAGAAUCAUGUAAGAAUGCCCAACAACUGGAAAAGGAAAUUUCUGCAGAUAAGGAGUUGGAGCUUGAGGUCAGUUUUGAUGCAGGUUGGCAGAAACGGGGAUCCGGAUUUAAUUACAAUAGCUUAACAGGACAUGCUUCAAUGAUAGGAAAGCAAACAGGGAAAGUGACCUGUUAUGAUAUCAGAAGUAAAAGUUGUAAAUUUUGUGAGCAUCAUGAGGGAAAGAAAGACACAGUUCCAAGUCAUGACUGCUGUAGAAAUUGGUAUGGGUCUAGCAAGUCUAUGGAACCAGAUAUGGCUGUUUCCAUGGCACAUAAGAUGAAUGAUAAUGAAUGCCCGAUUGAUGUAAUUCAUGCUGACAAUGAUUCUACUACCAUGUUAAAACUGAAACUGGACUUUGAAAACUUGAAGAAAAAGGACGACCAAAAUCACACUACAAAGGGAAUAACAAAAUCACUGAUUGAAUUGUCUAAAAGGCACAAGGAGCUGAAGCCAGGAGAGGUAAUUCCCUAUUUGAACAGAUGUUUCAUGUAUGCUAUAACACAGAACAGCAGUAGUGAACUUGAAAUUGAUGAGGGUCUUUCCAGAAUUGUUCCCCAUGUCUUUGGAGAUCAUGAAUUGUGUGGUGCAGUAGACUGGUGUACAUUUAAAGAUGAUCCUAUAUCUUUCAAAUAUAAAAGUCUUCCUAAUGGAAAGCCUCUGAUUAGUGAAGAUUUGAGGAGAGAUUUAGAGAAUCUUAUAGAGAAAUAUAAGAGCAAAGCAUCUUCACUCAGAAAUUUAGGAUCCACACAGGCUAAUGAGAGCUUCAACCAUUCUGUAGCAACGAAAGCUCCAAAAUCCAAACACUAUGGUGGUUCACAAUCCCUGGCAAGUAGAGUGUCAUCAGCUGUGCUUCAAAAGAAUGAAGGUUACAAUUACUUAGAACAGAUGAAUGAAGCUGCACUUCUUUCACCUGGAGAAUAUACAAAAAGUAUUGCAAAGAAACUUGAUUCAGAAAAACUCAAGAGAAAGAUUAAGAGGCAAAGUCGUGAGUUCAAGAAAAAACGGACUGAACUAAAGAAAAAAAGGAAUAAGAAAGAAAGGCGACUAAAUAUUCAUGAACCGGUUUCAUAUCAAUCUGAAGUUGCAACAAUAGGUUUAUCAGAUACUGAGGCCAUUACUAUACCAUCGCCUUUGAAAUUGGACGGCACAGAAUCCUUCACAUUUUUUGAUCUUGAAACCACAGGUUUAAGUAGAGUAAGUGAUAUUACUCAGAUAGCAGCUGUACAUGAUAAGAAAUUAUAUCAAUCUUACGUUUUACCUAGAUGCGAUAUUUCAUUUGAAGCCUCAAAAGUAACCGGAAUAACCUGCUGUCUGGCUAAAAAUAAAAUGUAUGUGCACGGAAAAGAAGUGGAUACUAAAUCCCAAUAUGAAUCAUUAUUAGAUUUUAUUGAAUUUUUAAAAACAAUUCCAAAUCCAAUCCUUGUUGGACAUAACAUAUGUAAUUUUGACAUGGCAAUUUUGUCAAACAAAUUGAAGGAAUUCAAUUUAUUUUCUUCAUUUUGUAAUGUAACUUCAGGAUUUCUUGACACACUUAAAUUAGCAAAAAGGAUUUUCCCCCGAAAUGAAGUAGACAAUUACAAACAAUCAACUCUUAUUUUAAAGUAUGUUGGUAUGGAAUACAGUGCACACAAUGCCAUAGAAGAUGUACAGUCCCUUCAACAUUUAUUUCACCAAAAAAUGAAGAAUAACUGUAAACAUAUCGAUCUACAUAGCAUUUACUAUUGCAGUUGCAAAUCUACUUAUGACAGUUUAGUGCAAAACAAAACUGUGAGCAGAGAUACUUGUAUGAGACUUGCAAAGAAUGGAAUAUCUUUAUCCCACUUACAGAUAGCUAACAGUAGAGAUGCAAACGGAAUUAAAUUAUUGUUUCAAGAGUUCAACAUUCCUACCAAAACUGCCUCUAUAUUUGUUUCUGCUUUUGCAACUGAACAGUAAAUUUCAAUAGUCAUGACGAAAGAAGUUUUUGUUACAGGAAUGCUGUUAUCAGAUUAAUAUGCACAGAAUGUUUGAACUUGUCAUAAUGUACACCAUCAGGUUUAUAAUGUAUCAAUUUAUAUUGUGUUUUGUCUUGAAAAGAUAUAUUGGUUAUUCUUUUCUAUGAGCUAAAUAUCUUACUUGAUUAAUCUUUUUUAUAAACUACAUUUGUAGUAACUGCACUUAAAUUUGUAGCAUACAUAUUUCAAAACAAAAAGAUCUAUCUGAGAAAUAUUCACAUUAAAUUUUCUAUACAGCUAAUUUGGAAACCUCAGAACUAGAAUUCAUUGUGAUAGGACACCAUUAAUACAGUAAGAUUUGUAUGCCCCACCUACAAUAGUAGAGGGGCAUUAUGUUUUCUGGUCUGUAAGUCUGUUCGUCCCUCGGUUCAUUCGUUUGUUAGUCUGUCUGUCCCGCUUCAGGUUAAAGAUUUUGGUGAAGGUAGUUUUUGUAUGAAGUUGAAGUCCAAUCCACUUGAAACUUAGUAUACAUGUGCCAUAUGAUAUGAUCUUUCUAAUUGUAAUGUCUAAUUAGAGUUUUGACCCCAAUUUUACUGUUCACUGAACAUGGAAAAUGAUAGUGCAAAUUUCAAUUAAAGUUUUUUGGUCAAGGUAGUUUUUGAUGAAGUUGAAGUCCAAUCAACUUGAAAUGUAGUAUACAUGUUCCCUAUGAUAAGAUCAUUCUAAUUUUAAUGCCAAAUUAGAGAAUUUAUUCCAAUUUCAUGGUCCACUAAACAUAGAAAAUGAUAGUGCGAGUGGGGCAUCCGUGUACUGUGGACACAUUCUUGUUUCAUAUUUUUUGGAAAGUCUAUGCAUGUAUGUACAUGUAUAUAUAUCUUUACUGCAAAGUGAUAACUUUUUAAAAACUACUUCUAAAGGUGUGUGGCAAAAUAUUUAUAAAGUCCUUUUAACAAACCAAUUCUAGGCAAGCAAGCAUGAACUUUCACAUUGGAAUCAUUUCAAGAAGUUUGAGUUUUUUAUGUUUUGUAAUAAAUAUGAAAUUACUAUAUAUUGUAUGCCAAUGUGAUUUGAUGAUAGAUAUGAACUCAAUUUACUGUCAGUUAGUUUUGUUAUAAUGUUCAUUCAAUCAUAUUUUUUUAUGAUAAAUAAUAAAAUUAUACCUUCUCAAAUGGCAUACAUACUAACUUAGGAAUUCUAUUUUUUUAAAUUUCAUUUUGGCUUUAUCAAAUACAUGCAUUUAAUUUUAGCAGAACAUGAUUUGCAGAACAGGAUGCAACCCUCUGGCGCACCUUGAAAAGUCGUAAGGUUGUAAGUCCCUGGCGUAGAUGGAAUAAGCUCGUAAACUUGAACUGCUGCAAAUCAUAGUGUGGGGAGAAUUGGAAAUUUUAUUUUAAAAACUGGUGUUUGAUGAGUAUGUAUGUUGUUUGGGUGUUUGGUGAAUUAUAUCAUUAGUAUAUUCAGUUAUGUUUUCUUGACUUUUUCUCUUUAAACACAAACACUGUU